AUGAUGAUGAUGACGAAGAGAGGUUUUUGGAGAUUCAACAUUUUCUCUGGAAGCCAUUUCGGAGGUCCUUCAUUGGCUUUAAAAACUGAAGCUUUUCUGUGUGCAAUAUCUGGAAAAUGCUCUUCAGACUGAGAAAACAUGGCCGCCGCUCCUGCUGUACAACUGGAAUGUUCUGGAACGUAGCUCCAAAUUUAGCUUGCUUGUUUUUUUCAAUCUGCAGGAUGAGGGAUGUGAUCAUAGAUUCCUGCAUAGACUCCUCCAUAGACUCCAUCAUAGAUUCCUGCAUAGACUCCUCCAUAGACUCCAUCAUACAUUCCUGCAUAGACUCCUCCAAAGACUCCAUCAUAGAUUCCUGCAUAGACUCCUCCAUAGACUCCAUCAUAGAUUCCUGCAUAGACUCCUCCAUAGACUCCAUCAUAGUUCCUGCAUAGAUUCCUUCAUAGACUCUUACAUAGACUCCAUCAUAGUUCCUGCAUAGAUUCCUUCAUAGACUCUUACAUAGACUCCAUCAUAGAUUCCUGCAUAGACUCCUCCAUAGACUUCAUCAUAGAUUCCUGCACAGACUCCUCCAUAGACUCCAUCAUAGAUUCCUGCAUAGACUCCUCCAUAGACUCCAUCAUAGAUUCCUGCAUAGACUCCAUCAUAGAUUCCUGCAUAGACUCCUCCAUAGACUUCAUCAUAGAUUCCUGCACAGACUCCUCCAUAGACUUCAUCAUAGAUUCCUGCACAGACUUCUCCAUAGAGUCCAUCAUAGAGUCCUGCAUAGACUCCUCCAUAGACUCCAUCAUAGAUUCCUGCAUAGACUCCAUCAUAGAUUCCUGCAUAGACUCCUCCAUAGACUCCAUCAUAGAUUCCUGCAUAGACUCCAUCAUAGAUUCCUGCAUAGACUCCUCCAUAGACUCCAUCAUAGAUUCCUGCAUAGACUCCUCCAUAGACUCCAUCAUAGAUUCCUGCAUAGACUCCAUCAUAGAUUCCUGCAUAGACUCCUCCAUAGACUUCAUCAUGGAUUCCUGCACAGACUCCUCCAUAGACUUCAUCAUAGAUUCCUGCACAGACUUCUCCAUAGAGUCCAUCAUAGAGUCCUGCAUAGACUCCUCCAUAGACUCCAUCAUAGAUUCCAUCAUAGACUCCUCCAUAGACUCCAUAGAUUCCAUCAUAGAAUCCUCCAUAGACUCCAUCAUAGCUUCCAUCAUAGACUCCUCCAUAGACUCCAUCAUAGAUUCCUGCACAGACUCCUGCAUAGACUCCAUCAUAGAUUCCUGCACAGACUCCUGCAUAGACUCCAUCAUAGAUUCCUGCAUAGACUCCUCCAUAGACUUCAUCAUAGAUUCCUGCACAGACUCCUCCAUAGACUUCAUCAUAGAUUCCUGCACAGACUCCUCCAUAGAGUCCAUCAGAGAGUCCUGCAUAGACUCCUCCAUAGACUCCAUCAUAGAUUCCAUCAUAGACUCCUCCAUAGACUCCAUCAUAGACUCCUCCAUAGACUCCAUCAUAUAUUCCUGCAUAGACUCCAUCAUAGAUUCCUUCAUAGACUCUUACAUAGACUCCAUCAUAGAUUCCUGCAUAGACUCCUCCAUAGACUCCAUCAUAGUUCCUGCAUAGACUCCAUCAUAGAUUCCAUCAUAGAAUCCUCCAUAGACUCCAUCAUAGGUUCCAUCAUAGACUCCUCCAUAGACUCCAUCAUAGAUUCCUGCACAGACUCCUGCAUAGACUCCAUCAUAGACUCCUGCAUAGACUCCAUCAUAGAGCAGGAUGCGUGCUACAUUCAUUCUUCCAACUUGAGGCCACUUUGGUUCUUAAACAUCGAUGUUUGUCGUUGGGACGAUCUGUUGCAAACAGGUCGCUGUUUGCAGAAACACGCUAGCCAUUAGAGGACCUCCAUGUUGGAUCCAGAUCCUGAUCUCAUCUGUUCUGUGUUGCAUCCCAGAAGCUUCUCUUAAACCAUCUCGGUCGGUGUGAUGAUUGGGUGGACAGGUCUGAUGUGGUUUAGGAUCCAGUCCUCCAAAGCAGCAGCGAUCAGACGGUCUGAGCCUGAUCAACGUGGGCAAUAAGUGUCAGUGCUUCCAUCCCAAAUGAUGAGCUAAUGUACAGACAUGGAAAACAGGCUGGAAAGCUCUCCAUACGUUUGGAGCCAUCAUUCAACGUAUGUGGGGGUCUGUUCAGCUCAGAGUCUAACGUUUUGCUACCUGCAGCAGGUACUGUGCAGGUGGUUAGCAG